UGUGUGUGUGAUUUUCGAGCAAAAACAUUAAAUUGAUUUUUAAUUCAAUUAUUUCUAAAUUUUCAUAGUGAUUAGAUCGCAGAAGUGAGCCUGAUCAACUGAAGAUCACAUUGAUAAUUAAUGUUCUUUGUGUUUGUCUAUAAAAAUAUCGGUAAAAACACGUCUAAAUGAUGAAUUUAUUAUAAAAAAAAUAUUUUUCAAUGUUUUUGUGAAAGUUUUAAAAAAUUAUUUAAGAAAGGAAUAUUUCUUCUUUGUUUGUCUAAAAGUUCUGAUUUAUUGUGUCCACUUAUUCAAUUUAUUUAUAUUUGUGUGGAAAAAAUUGAAACGCAGUUAAUGAAGAAAAUCUGAUGUUUUACAAGAAAAAAAUGAGAUCCAGUCAAGUUUUGUGAAAGAAAAAUAAGUGCAAUUCCCUUACAUAAAAUAGUUCUAAAAAAGUUUAACAAGGGAAAUACAGGAUCAGUUGAUUGAUAUUCAACGAAAUAUUUUUGUAUAAAGAAAAGUUAAGGAAGUUUGAAAAAUAGCAAUAAAGUGGACAAAAUGCUCAAACCAAAGCAAGAUAAUGAUAAAAUGUUGAAAACCUUGCGUGAAAUCGUAUCUUCAGGAAGCAAUCGCCAAUGUUUUGAUUGCGGACAACGAGGAGUAACAUAUGUCAACAUGACUAUUGGAUCUUUCGUCUGUACAUCAUGCUCAGGAGUGUUACGUGGAUUGACACCACCCCAUAGAGUGAAAUCAAUUUCAAUGGCAACAUUUACGUCCGAUGAGCUGGAUUUUAUUAAAACACAUGGAAACGACGAAUCUGCAAAAACUUGGUUAGGUCUUUGGGACUCAAAGCGAACAUUAAAGCAAGAACAUCGUGAUUUUAUGAUUGAUAAAUAUGAGCGAAAGAGGUAUUAUUUGGAGCCAGCAAGUCCAUUAAAGUCUAUAAAUACUUCGUCAUCAUCAUCAUCAAUAGCCGCAUCAACUAUCCAACAGUCUUCUAAAUCGAUAGUAAAUCAUCAUUCGUCAGAUAGUAAUAAUCUCACCGUCCACAAACUCACACCACCAGCGGCUAAUAAUCGUCAUCAUCAUCAUCAACGAACGCAACAAAGUCACAAUAUUCAAAACGGACAUCUUGAAAUGAAUGGAAAUAGCCACAAUAGCAUCAAUAAUAUUAAUAGUAAUAAUUUCUUGACAAAUAAUUUAAAUGGAAAAUCAUCACAAAAUGGAAGCAUUAAAAGUGAUAAUAGUUGCAAUGACUUUGUUGCAGACUUUAGUAAAGCAAGCAUAUACAAUUCAAAUAAUAGCUUAAACAGUACUGGAAGUGCUGGCCAAAUAAAUGGAAAAACUACAAUCAAUGGUUUCAAAGAGAACGUAACAAAUGAGAGAGAUUUAAAUGCUAACUUUGCUGAUUUUGAGAACAACAAGAUUUACAACGCAGCAGAAGAAUAUUGCAAAAAUAAUAAUACUUCAACUAAUAGUCCAAACAGUAACUCAAGUAACAUUCAAUGGAAUAUUUGGCAACACUUUCAAUGGCCCAAUAAUUCCAAUCAGUCAGAACAAAAUCGUUGGAGUUUGCCAAUGUCAACAAGCUCUUUGAGCAAUAAUUCCCUAAAUUCCAGUAGUGGGACAUUUAAUUCUAAUUCAUCGCUAAAUUCUACAACGCCAUCAGCAGAUCGUUAUGCAGCUCUUAAGGAUUUAGAUGAGCAAUUGAGGGAGGCGAAAGUUGAAACGGUCGAACAAACAAAUCCAUCGGCAACGUCAGCAAUUCCAGUUAAUCCAUUCAAAAAUCCAUUCCAAGCCAUUCCACAGCAACAAACUAAUCAGCAAUCUUAUCAAAACUGGACAAUGCCAGAAUCACAAAAUUUUUUCUCAAACGGUUUUGGUUCACCGCUCAACUCGAAUGGUUUCUCAAAUGGAUUCUUUUAUGCAAACAACAUGACAAAUGGAAUUAUAUCACAAUCUUCAUCAUUUGGUGGUAAAGCAGCCUUUGCAAAUCCAUUUAUGACAACUGGAACUACUACAGCCAGCACUAAUAAUCCAUUUUUAUGAAACAUGAAAGUGACAAGAAUUUAGUUCGUUUGUGUAAAAAAUAUUUUCCUACUCGUUUUAUAUCGUAAUGCUUUGGAAGUCUUAUCAUGAAGAAAUUAAGUAUGAAGUGAAAUAGGAAUUUGUUAUUUUGUGAUGACGGAUAAAUUAAUUAUAACGAACUUACAUAUAUUAUAUUGAUGGACGACUGCUCAAUUCCCUUUUAUAUUUUUUUUUUUUUUUAUUAAACUGAUUGGUUUUUUUCUUCUUUUGCAUACAAGUUUUGUUUAAUCUUAUGACAGUAAUCGACCUCGAAAUGAAAAAGUUAGUGCUUUUCUGUCUCUACGUCUCUCACUCUCUCUAUUUCUGUCUCUUAUAAAGUUAAUACUGAACGAAUGAUAAAGUUAAAUGGAAGGUAAAUGUAGAAGAAGUUCUCAAUAUUUCUUGAUUAGAGUAAAUUCAGCAAGGAUGCUCAGGUGGCAUGAAGCUUCAAAGUGUUAUCAUUCAUUAAAAUUACUCCUCAGAAAGCUAUAUCUCACAAAAAAAAAAAUCAGCAAUCGAGAAGGAAUCUUUAAAGCUGUGAAAAUUUGUAAAUCUCCAACUCUGAAUUAUCGUCUAAAGUAUAUUUUGAUUGUUGAUUGAAUAAUUUAUGCGGCGGAAGAAGAAGAGCAUAAAGUUUGGAAUUUUCAUAAUUAAUUAAACUUUACAACACAAAUAUUAUUUUUUGUUACUUUUGAUUUUAUUACUUCUUCUACUUCUGAGGCGAAAAUAUUUUUCAAGUUAUUUUUUUUUCUUCGUUCACAUGUGAUUUGAGUGUAAAUGAAAAGUUGAAAACUUUUUUUUAAUGUUUUUAUUUCUUCUAUUUUUAUCUUUUUUUAAAAAAAUUAUUACCUUUUAUUUUAAUUUUUUUUUAUGCAAAUGACUGGAAUUAUGAAAAGGAAAUUCUUUUGUGAAUGACAUAUGAUGUUGAUAAUUCGUAUUUUGUGGCCUUCUGUAGAAUAUUUCAUAAUAUACUACUUUAUACAUAUUGAAUAUUUUUUCAUGUUUUUUAUGAUUAGCUUAUUUAUAAAUACAUAAAAAGUUGCCUAAACAGACAUGAACAAAUUCGUUUGCGUUUACAAUUAGUUUGCAAGUUUCGAUGUUAGUGAAGCUUAGUGAUUUGAUGAUUCUGAACAUGAUUUAAAAGAGUGUUUGAGCUUUUUUACUAUAUUAUUAUUGCUUAUUUACAUUAAAAUACUCAUAAACUUUCCUCUUAUAUCGCUGAUUGUGAAAUUCAAAGAAAUUUUGACAGCUAUUGAAUCACUCUAUUAAUCUAUCAAAAGAUGAAUAACUUAAUGACUGAGUGCUGUAAAUUUCACUGAAUAAUACAAUCGAAUCAUCAAGUCAAUUUACUUAUCUCUAAUUAACCACAAUGGAAUUGUGACAUAAAGUAAUGGAAUCUUAUAAAUUUUAUUAAAAUUCAGAAGAAUUUGAUAGUUGCAUAAAAUCAUGCAUAUUUAAAAUAUUUAAGAAAAAUAUACAAAUUUGCCUUUUUGAAAAAGAAUUAAAUAAAAAUUCUUUCAAAUUUAGAUUAAAAAAUGAUUCGCAUAAAACUGAAAAAAGAUCAGCCACUAAAAAUACAGAAAAUUUAGAAAUUUUAAAAAAUUAAUGCGUUCAUUUUAGAGAAACAAUAAUGAUACUUGAUUAAAGCAAACUAGAACCUAUACUUCUUUCCUGUGCGUAUUUUUUCAUGUCACUAUAAAUUUAAAAUACCUAUAUUAAUUACAAUAGCUCAGAUCAAGAAUAAUUUUUUUAAAACAAAAAAUGACGAAAGAUUAACAAUAAUAAUGAUUAUUUGUAAAAUAUUUAUUAAAAAUUUAUUAAGAUUAAAGAAUCACUA